AUGAAAGCGCUGCUUAUCGUCUCCGUGAUCUAUGUGCUUCUUCUGACCGCUGAUCGAAAUUCUGCAAACCAGCAAGCAUGCGAAAUAUCGAAUCCGGAAGAACACUUGCAUCGGCUAGUUAUCUUCUGGAAAGAACUUCGUUUCAAAGCGACUCUAGGUCAAAAGUACCAAAGAAGAGUGAAUUUGGGCCCAGGUGGAGAAUGUAUGCUCUUUGAACGCGACCGUAGACACCCUACAUUCACUUCUGUAUACGAGUUGGUAAAACUCAUGACGAACACGACAGUUUUGGACCAGAUGAUAUAUCCAAACGCAACACGUUAUGGCUGCUGGGUUAAGGGCUUCAAAAAAGGAUCUAAAUGUUACGUGAAAGGUGUCUGCCUAUUUGAUGAAAAGGCUCCAAGUGAUUUCAAAGUAGAAGAUAUUAAAAAAGAACCAAAAUGUCAGAAUAACGAAGGUUGUACUUAUAAGAAACCAGCGACAUGUCGACAUUUCUUGUGUUACGUCGAGUAG